GCAUGAUGUAAAGUCCCCAGGCUUCACUCCCCAAUCCUCCUCCCACCUCACACACAUUCACACCCCGCACCGCACCCCAACAUGGCGCAGCUGUACGGCACCUGCGCCUGCGAACGCAAUCAAUACACCAUCAUCAUCCCCUCAGAGCUCCGCACACACGCCCAAGUCUUCUUCGACAACAGCAGAGACAGUCGGCGAACACAAGCCUCGCCCGUAACAGCAUGGCUAAGAAUCCCCCUAGACUGGUACCACAGCACGACGUACGCCCUCUUCCCAGACGAAACGCCCACCUCCAUCCGCAAAACAUACCAUACUCCCGCGCGCGCCGCUACGCCCGUCCGCCGCCAGUUCUGCGGCUACUGCGGCACGCAUCUCACGGCUUGGAGCGAGGGCGACGAAGGAGAUAGAGAGGCGGCGAAUCGGCUUGACAUAACGUUGGGGAGUUUACUCGGCGAGAGUAUUGAGCAGCUGGAGGCGUUGAAAAUUAUUCCUAAUGCGGACGAUGAUGAAGACGACGAGCAGGCGGAUGAAAACGGAGAUCAUGGCGGGCUGGUGAAGGGCGGGACGGUAGAUGACGACGUGCACAUCCCCACGACCGAAAGACCGGCUCCAGUACGCAGCCGCGGCGGGGACGACGAAAUGGUCAAAGGCGGAACCAUCCACGAUGAUGUACACAUUCCCACCACCGAAGGGACAGCCAUGCACGGCAUGGAAGGCCCCGGCGCCACCACCACAGUCGCGCCAGUGGCACCGACAUCACGCGCGACAGCGAGAUCGCUACAACGCAUGCGCAACCGCGGCCUGCCGUAUUUCGAGGAGAUGGUGGAGAAUAGCCGGCUGGGGCGCAUCAAGCGGCAGAAGGGAGGCGCGUUGUCGGCGGAUGGGAGGACGACGGUGGAGUGGGAGAUUGUGGAGAUUGGGAAUGGCGAUUCUGCGGGUGGGGAGGGUGAUGAUGCUGGUGCGUCGGGUGGGAGGGGUGUCAAGCGUCCGCAGCCGGAGUCCUAAAUGGAUCUGGAAGGCCGUCAGAGGGAGUGAUGAAGUGUCCGAUUAGCAAGGUGUUUUGGAGCUACUCGGUUGAAAUUUCGCCUACUUUCAAAAUAGAUUGCUAUGUAGGUAGCUGGUGACGCAGGGUAUGUACAUACGAUGCAGGCCAUAUGCCAUCCGCCACUCGUCCACCUCGAAACCGACACCCACCUAACCCUUCACAAACAAACAAGCACGCCUCCAAAGCUCCAUCAUUCAUGCCUCCCAGCCGUAAGACCUCGCGGUGAAAAGCAAUCCCAGCAG